GAGAAGAAUUGACAUAUCAAACUGAUUUUGCUAUUAACGAUUUGACUAAUACCUUCUCUGACCUCAAGAUCUGUCGAGUUAGUCUGGGUGGCCAAGAUGAAAAAGACCCUAAAAGAAUUCAUAAAUUGGAAGCUACUAUAAGCGAGCUUACUAGAACAAUCAAGGAUAUAAACAAUAAUAAUACUCAAUUUAACUGA